UCCACCCUGCAGACCCACAUCCUCUUCUCCGGGACCAGGGACCGCCACGGGCCUCUACACUUCCCAUCACACGGCAGACCAGGAGGCGUUGCUUUUUUUUGCCACCGUUUUACCUGGCGACGUAUAGGUGCGCACCGCAAUUACGCACGACUUUUGCUGGAGAAACUGCGGGUCUCGUUUAGUCAGUCGGUGUUAUUAUUAAUGUGGUAUCUUUAUUUGUAGUUUUGUAUUGAUUUGAGUUGUUGUCGCAUUUCUUAUCUGAACAGAAGAAGCGUUAAAAUAGGCGCCCAAGUUGUUAAAUCUGGUUUUACGCACCAGGUGAGAACAGGUGUAAAGGCGCACGGCCGUUACUCGUGCGCGUAGAAGCACAGGUGCCUGGCUCCACGGGCACAAAGUCAGAGGACAAAGAAGGGGGAAGGCCGGCACUGAGCACAUCAAAAACAACAACUAAGUGACAAACAACCCAGGAAAAAGAAAAUACAGCGGGAGGGAGUGAGAGGACAAAAACGAGAGAGAAAGAGAGAGAGAGAGAGAGAGAGAGAGACACCCCCCUGGAGACUAGUUAGGAGACCCGGCCCCCGGUCUGAGAGAAGGAGAGAGAGAGUGAGGGAGUGAGGGAGUGUUUUAAAGCCGGCAGGAGGCAUGAUGUCCUACAUUAAGCAACCCCAUUACGCCGUGAACGGGUUAACGCUGUCCGGCCCGGGCAUGGAUCUGCUCCACUCCGCUGCCGUUGGAUAUCCCAGCACCCCACGUAAGCAGCGUCGGGAACGCACCACCUUUACUCGUGCACAGCUGGACAUCCUGGAGGCUCUGUUUGCCAAAACUCGCUACCCAGACAUCUUCAUGAGGGAGGAGGUGGCCCUCAAGAUCAACCUGCCCGAGUCUAGAGUCCAGGUUUGGUUCAAGAACCGCCGUGCAAAGUGCCGUCAACAGCAGCAACAGAGCACAGGCCAGUCCAAACCCCGGCCCCCUAAGAAGAAGGCUUCUCCUGCUCGCGAGGCCAACACCGAGGCCAGUGCCAACGCCACCAAUGGACCCUACAGCCCUCCACCCCCUCCUCCAGGCACCGCCAUCACCCCCAGCUCCAGCUCUGCCAGUGCCACGGUGUCCAUCUGGAGCCCAGCCUCCAUCUCUCCGUUGCCAGACCCCCUGUCUGCCUCCACCACCCCCUGCAUGCAGCGCACCACCACCUACCCCAUGACCUACACCCAGGCACCAGCCUACAGCCAGAGCUAUGCAGGCUCCUCCUCCUACUUCACUGGCCUGGACUGUAGCUCCUACCUGUCUCCCAUGCACCCGCAGCUGUCAGGCACCGGAGGAGCCCUGAGCCCCAUCACAGCCUCCUCUAUGGGCGGGCCCCUCAGCCAGUCCCCCGCCUCGCUGUCCUCCCAGGGCUACACAGCAGCCUCGCUGGGCUUCGGGGCCGUCGACUGUCUAGACUACAAAGACCAAGCUGCCUGGAAGCUCAAUUUCAAUGCCGCUGACUGUCUGGACUACAAAGACCAGAACUCCUGGAAGUUCCAGGUCUUGUAAAUAACAAGAAGAUGGGAAGUAGGGAGGGUGGCUGAACAAGUGAGAAAUCAGACAUAAUCAAAGUAGGGUGAAUAACCCAAGAUUGCUUUUGGUGUGUUUUAGAAGAAAGGAAGAGAACUUGGGACACAGAAAUCUUUAAUCAUAUCAGCUGAAGAAUGAAUCAGAUGAAAUAUUCUCUUAGUUUUUAUUGUUUCAGGAAAACAUUUGUGGAGGUGAACUGAUCUGUUGAUGCUUGGCUUGUAACAAAGAGAUGACAGUAGCGUUUGAAACAACACAGAAAUCAGCCUUGAAAUCAAGGAAUGGCCACGUAUGGAAAGCAAGACUGAUAUAUGUACAAUGAAAUCAGAUUAGCGAGAAAGAACAAAAGCUUUAAUUUUCCUGCUCAGUGGAUCAGAAAGUCGAAACCAGAGAAUUUUCAGUGAACUUGCAAAACAAAGGAGGUCACUUGUCACAUGUUAACUGCAUCCCUUCAAGCAAGACUCAUUAGCUGUUAACAGAAAUUAGUACAAAUUGGUUUGAUGAACAAAUCUGAACUUAGAAACUGUUGGAAAGGCUUUGAUUUGGACCAAAAUAGAAGCACAACUUAUCUUUUAAAAUGCCACAGCACAGCAACAGUUACACCUUCAGUAACCUAUGAGUUGUCUGCAUGACUGACGGCCUUCAACUCUUGUGUUAAAGCACAUGAACUGAUGAGAGCCCAAGCUUAUGUAAUUUCUUCCUUUUAGACUUUGUCUUGUAUUUUCCUUGAUGUCUUUUUUUUUUUGCAAAGCUGCUUUUUUUAUCAGCUGACUCGAGAAGCUUUGAGACAAACAACUCAGCUAACCCAACCUGACACCCAACAGAGGUGUCUUUACAGGGAGGCCACUAAUUCAAAAUAAAUAGCAGACACAAGCUGAUGGUUCCCAGUAGCCUUGUAUGAUAUUGACCCUCUGCAGCCUGCGUGUGAUACAAGCGGAGGGGUUGGAGCUGGUCACUCCAGUGACUGCAGUACAAACCUGUUGCCUUUGAGCAUGGUUGUAGUCAUUAGCAGAAUGGCUCGUACAUUGCUAGUUUAAUAGGAUCACUUCCACACCGUUUGGGCAACAAUGGUCACACUGUGUCUGUUGGCAGCCGAGCAAUGUUCCCCCCACUUCAUCUCUCAGUAGUUGCAUGAGGCAAGCAGAGUGUUGAAGCAGUUCUUGAACUUUGUCGUUAGCUUUUAUCGGCUGAUGAACUGCUCCAGCGAGGUAUUUGAUGGGAGAGAAGACUGCACCAGAGAAAGGGAAGGGAUGGAGCCGCCAUGCAGCUCCCCCUUUGCACAGAGAGUUUGGUGCCUCUCUCAGCUCCAACCUGUAAAGACGUGAUGGGUACCACUUUAUGUGUUUGAUGUUUCAUUUGAUUUUAUUUUUUGUAUUAGACUUUAACAACAUUAUGUUUCUUUUAAAAUUUGUGAAUUCGUUUAAGUACAAAUUGUGGUAAUUUGUUUUGAAGUUGAUAUUAUUAUCAGUAUUAUUACUAUCACCAUGAGUAUUAUGUCUUCAGCUGACAUGGACAUUGCUAAUAUACUUUUUUUGUUGUUGUUUUGUAAAUAUUAAAACUUGAAAAUGCAAUCAUGUCUGGUAUCAGCCGUGUGUUGUUACGCAGGCGCUCCACCCAACAGACACUCUCUUUCUCAUAUUUUUUUCUUAAUUUCUAGAAAACUGCCAACUUUUUAAUUUUUGUUUAUAUAUUUUUUGGUUUCUGCUUCUUCUUCUUUUUUCAAACUCAGGGGUCUAUCCAAUAGAAGUAGCAGGAAUAAUAGGACACAAUGCUAUUUAUGCUUCUUAAUCAUUUACUGUACUUUCAUCUUUUGCAUAAUAAUCUUCUCUGCUUAUUUUUCUGACAUGAAUUAUUUUGUAUGUUUCAUUUGUCUCCCGUGUUUGACCAGUCUCACCACUACCAUGCUAGAGAGCUAUGAUGUUUCUGAGACAUUAAACGACUUCGUUAAAGCUC